AUGGUGAAGGAGUCAAUUCAGUACUAUAUCACGAUCUUGGAGGAUCUAUCACAGUUGUGCUCUAAUGGGAAACUAGGAGAAUUUGCCAAAAUAAUUACUGCAGAAAAGAGGAAGAAGUUCAUAGCUUUUAUCAGUGAUGGUGCAAACGUGGUUAAUGACAAGUUUAGACUAUCAUUUAAUAGGUUUCUUGAUUCAAUUCAUAACAAGAUUAAUCCAAAAAUAUUUGAAAUAAUUUUGAAGAUUGGUGUCAAUUUUAUGAAGGAUGAUGAUAGCUUUUGGUUUCAUUUGAUUAAUAUCUUAGAUUAUGGUGCUACUUUUGAUCAAUAUGAGUUAUUGGACUUGUUGAUUGAGCAAAUUUUAAAAGAGGAUGAAAAUAGCUGGAAGGCCACUUGCUUGCUUUGUAUAAUGAUCCAAGACUAUCCGAGUUUAAGAUCGCCUUGUAUCAAAAGCUUAUCAAAAGUUCAUGAAGAAUUACUUGCUGUUUUAUCACAUGUCAAGAACUUUACAACGUCAAGCUACUUGGUUGAAUUGGUUUCUCAAUUAGAGGAUGAUGCUUUGGUUUCUUUAAUUUUCAAACAAAACCCUGAAUUAUAUGAAAAAUUCCCUGAAAAUGCUUAUGCAAAUGAUCCAACAUGUCUCAAAUUUUUACAAUUGACUAAAUUUGAUCCUUCAAUCUUUAAAUUUAAAUCCUUUUCCUUUGGCACUGGGUUGAAGUCGGGUGCAAGUUAUUGCCAAUUAACAUCAAAAUAUUUGAUCACACUAGUGGAGCAUAAUGACUUUGCAGCACCAAUUCAGUUUGAUUUAUCAAAUAUUAGAAAUUUACAAAGUGUUGGUAAUCAAGCUCGUUUCAAUCUUGCUAGGGCAGCUAAAAAGGCAUUGAUCAAUAUCGAUAGUUCUGAGUCUACUGUCAUUGUUCUAACUUUUGAUUCUGAGAAAACUUGUAAGGGGUUUAUGUCAAAAUAUCAAGAUUUUGCUGGUCAAAUCACUUUAUCGACUCCUCGGAAAAUAAGUGUGGUGCAAGACUUUAUCGCAUUGAGUGGUGGGUUUGGUGACAUGGACUAUGAUGAAGAUAUUUAUGAUGGCCCCUCUCAAAAUGAUGAAAUUAUAGAACCUUCAGCUAUGAACAAUGAGGUUUCUAAUUCAGGAAUAAUUGACGAGACUGAGUCACUAUUUGGAUCGCCUAUUAAUACAACUAAGGAUACAAGUGUGUCAAAGAAACUAGGAAGAGCUGUCUCUGUUAUUGUUUCUGAGAGUGUUGAUAAAGGUUCAAAGAUGGUUAACCCUCAAGAACCAGAUCUGUUCUCUGAUGACGGUUAUCAACAAGUCCCAGAUAGUCUUGAUCAAGCGUUUGAAACAUUUCAUAAUCCACCAGUUGAUAGAGGUCCUUCAGAUGUCGUUGUGGAGAGUAACCAACCAGAGGAUUCUAAACCAGCAAAAGCUACACAGAAAAGUGAUAUCUGGGAUUUUGAAUCAGAUCCUGAUGUCACCUUGAAUAAUCCACAAGCAACAAGUACCGUGAAUAAAAAGUACAGAUCCAAAGCUAUGAAGUGUUUGACUAACCAGAUAAACUCGAUUGAUAAGAAACGCACUGGGAAGAAGAAUGAACCAAAGAAGAAGACAGAAGUGAAAUCUAAGGUUAACGAUAAACUUGAAAAGUUCAAUAAAAGUGGCGUUGAUCCUGUUAAAGACAUCCCAUCUUCCCUUGAUUCAAUUGAUCAACAUGGCGGUUCAUUCUUGCCGCUGACGUCACCAAUGGCAAGUGCUCAUGAAAGAGCUAGAACAAGAGCACUUUCAAAGGCAUUGAUCAAUAGUGAACAUGAAGCUCCAGGUGUCACGGAAAAUAAGAAUAUGGGCAAAGUUGAAACAAAUGUUGGGAAGAGGAUUGAAAAGAAGAUUGCUAAGAAGAUUGAUAAGGAGACUGAAAAGAAACCUGUGAAAAGAGGCAGAACAAGAGCUAAAGAUCCUGAGGUAGAAAGUGAUGUUGAAUACAUUGAAAAGAAGCCAUCACUCAAGAAAGGAAAGGUCACAACGUCAAAGGCAGUAAAGAAGGUAGUGGCUACUAAAGCAGCUCCAAGAGUGACAAGAGGAAAGAAAAAGCAAAGUGAAGCCGUUGAAGUUGAACCAGUCACAGAGAUUAAACUGGUCAAUGCAUUACCUUCGAAACCUAAAGCUCAAGACACUUUCAAAACUGUCAAUAAAAGCUCCAAAGUGAACGCCCCUGAGAAGUCAGAUAAAUCCAUGUCGGCUAUUUUUGCAAAGCCAGAUGCUCCAAAAGGUGUUGCUUUUGAUAAAAAUCAUCCUGUUAUGGAAAGCACGAGAUUGAUUGAUUUAAAAGAUAAAGAUAAAACUCAAACAGACACACAUGCUUCGACGCCUGCUGCUCAAACACACAGGCCUCAAACAAACUUGGAGCAACAUUUCUCUCUGAUGUCGUCUGCUUUCACUGCACCAAUAGCUGCUGAUACAAUUUUGUCUGAAGCUUAUACAAAUACACUUCAGAGACAAAUAUUUGAGUCAAUCACUAGUUUUUCCAAUCAGUUAGUUAAAAAAAUCCAUAUCAUCAAUGAUGAAAUCAACAAGAAGGUCAUGACUGACCUAACAUCAAAAUAUGAAACUUUGUUUAAUGAAUUGAGGGAUAGUUUCCAAAGUGAUGUUGAUGAAAUGUGUGGAUUCAUUACAGAUGUUAAAGGGUUGUUGAAUUUGCCAGAGAAAGAAUUAACUGAUUAUAUUAAACAGAAAAAGUUUGGUACCAUUGCUUCAAAGAAAUAGACCAGCAUCUAGCUAAUCCAAUUGCAGGAUACUGUUGUAUAAGUUGUACAUUAGUGUUUGGUUGAAUAUUAUGG